AUUUUAGGAGUUUUUUUCCACCGGAAGUGACGAAUUCGCAAUAAUCAAAUACAAUUGUUGUUAUAUCUUAUGUGGAUUAUAGUGUAUGUUUUAUUAGUAGUUAUAUUGACAAUGAGUUGCGUCAAACUGAGAUCUGUCAGAAAGGUCAAGAUCACAUCCAAAUGAAAACAAAGAAAAAGAAAGCGUUGGAUGCUGACUGGAAGGAAGACCAGCACUUCUCUGCAGGUACCACAUAUGGAACACUUGGCAUGAUGGCCUUCACAAAUACUUCAUUCCGGUGGACACUUCUGUGGAUGAUACCGCUUCUUCUUCUUCUACCCGCUCCGUGCAGCCCCAUCCAGGUGACGUGCUCAGAACCCAACCACCUGGCCCUGCUGGAGGCCCUGACACCCAUCUUUAACAUGGCCGCCAUGAGACCCGUCACCAACAUGACCACCCCCACCAAUGUCAGCGUACGCUUCCUCCUGUACGGGAUCCUGGGAGUGAAUGAAAAGGCUCAACUCCUGACAACGUACCUGUGGCAGCACUUUUGGUGGCAGAAUGAGCUGGUCAGUUGGGACCCCCUCCAGUGCGGCACCGACAAGAUCUCCCUGCCCAGAAAUAAGUUUUGGGUCCCGGAUAUCGUCAUCAACGAAUUCAUGGACGAAGACAAGGCUCCAUUUGUGCCUUACGUCAAUCUGUACAGCGAUGGAAGAAUGCAAGACGCCAAACCUGCCAGAGUCAUCAGUUCGUGUAACCUGGACAUCUACACCUUCCCCUUCGACAUCCAGGACUGCACUCUCACCUUCAGCUCCUUCAUCAGCUUCGAAAAAGACCUGAAGGUGUUCUCAUCCAUGCCUGACGACGAGGUCACAAAAAGGUCCAAGAAUGUGAUGACCACCUUGGGGGAGUGGGAGCUUCUGGACAUUACCACCGAAAAACAGUCACAUGUACACGACACAGAAGAUUCCUUAAUGGACGAGCUGGCAUUUCAUAUCCGCUUGCGACGCAGGUCUACGCUGUACGUGGUCAACCUGCUGCUGCCCAGCUGCUUCCUCAUCACUGUGGACCUCUUCAGUUUCCUGCUGCCUCCUCAGAGCGUGGACCGCUCCUCCUUCAAGAUGACCCUCAUCCUGGGCUACACCGUAUUCCUGCUCAUCAUGAACGACCUGCUGCCCAUCACCGGAAACACCAUACCCCUCAUAAACGUGUUCUUCUCCUUGUGCUUGGCUCUGAUGGUGGCCAGCCUCCUGGAGACCAUCCUCAUCACCAACUUGCUGCUCAGCUCCAAAAGCCUGCGUCCCGUUCCCGGCUGGAUCCACGUGCUUCUCUUGCAGCUCCUGGGACGUCUUGUGGGUCUGCCCUGGGAGACCAAAGAGGUUGAAGAAGCAGACACGAGGUCGAGCGCCGUGUCGGCACAGCAAGGAGAUGAUGAAGAGCCUGAAGAGGAGGAAGGAGCGGCGGUGGAGGACAAGGCCGUGCGGGAGCUGAGGAGCCUGGGCGGAGACCUGAAGGUCAUCCGCCUGCAGGUGGAGCAGCAGCUGGGGGGCAGCCAGACCUCCGAGGAUUGGAUGCAGCGCCGCCCGCAGGAAGUCAAGUCUUCUGUGCUUCUCUUCAUCUUCAUCUCUCUCCUCCUGCACGGAUCAUGCAACUCCGUCAUGCAGAACUGCUCUCGCCCGGACUCCCUCGCCCUGCUGGAGGCUCUCAGGCCGGUCUUCAACCUCAGCUCUAUUCGACCCGUGGUGAACAUUUCAACCGUCACUCACGUCCACAUCGACUUCAUCCUGGUGGGCAUCCUGGGCGUGGAUGAAAAGGCGCAGAUCCUCACAACGUACAUCGUCCAAUACCUGACGUGGAGGAACGAGUUUGUGAGCUGGGAGCCGAGCGAGUGCGGGGCCGAGCACAUCAUCGUUCCCAGGAAGCUGCUGUGGAUCCCCGACGUGGUCAUCAAUGAGUUCAUGGAGAGGAACAUGGCGCCAAAGUCCUUGUACUCGUACCUCUACCACUUCGGCACGGUGCUCGAUGCCCGGCCCAUCCGAGUGGUCAGCUCCUGCAGGCUGGACAUCUACGCCUUCCCGUUUGACAUCCAGAACUGCACUUUGACCUUCAACUCAUACCUGCACCGCGUAUCCGCGAUACAGCUCGGCCAAACGUUUACAACAGAGAGGAUAUUUGAAUAUUCCAAAGAAAUGAUGACCACCGUGGGCGAGUGGGAGCUGAUCGGAAUGUCUUCGUUCAAGGAGCAACUCCCGACUUCAGACGACGACAUUUACGAAGAGAUGCGCUUCUUUGUGUCAUUGCGUCGCAGGUCUACGAUGUACGUGGUCAACCUGCUGCUGCCCAGCUGCUUCCUGAUCACCGUGGACCUCUUCAGCUUCCUGCUGCCCCCCCACAAGGUGGACCGCUCCUUGUUCAAGAUGACCCUCAUCCUGGGCUACACUGUCUUCCUGCUCAUCAUGAACGACCUGCUGCCCAUCACAGGAAACACCAUACCCCUCAUAAACGUGUUCCUGUCGCUCUGCUUGGCUCUGAUGGUGGCAAGCCUGCUGGAGACGGUGGUCAUCACCAACCUCCUGCACGGCUCCUCUCGCUACUCACCAGUUCCUCGGUGGAUCCGAGUGAUGGUCCUCCACGUCGUAGGCCGCCUGGUGCUGCUUCCUCCAAAGGCCGAGCAACCGGACGGGGUCAUCCAAAAUCCUGCCACGUUGGAAAUGUCCGCAAGGGCGCCGGGAAAGGAGGACGCGGCCCUGCGGGAGCUGAGGAGGCUGGGCCGGGACCUGCGGGCCAUCCGCUUGCGGGUGGAGCAAGAGCUGGGGGUCGGCCUGAGCUGCGGGGAGUGGAUGCGGGUGGGCUUCAUCAUAGACCGCUUCCUGUUUGGCAUCUACGUCCUCUUCAUAUCCGUCUGCUUCCUCAUCAUCAUCAUCAUGUGGGUCAGCUCCUACAACGCCGCGUGAUUGCACCGCGUGGGAGAGCACGAGCCGUUUCAUCCAAAGCAUCCGGCUGCUUCUUCAACGAGAUCUUCCUCCAUGGAGACCAAUCCAUCCACCCAACCAACCAUCCAACCACCCAUCCAUCCAUCAUCCAUCCACCCACCCAUCCAUCCAUCCAUACAUCCAACCACCCACCCACCCAUCCAUCCAUCCAUCCACCCAACCAUCCAUCCAUCCACCCAACCAACCAUCCAUCAUCCAUCCAUCCACCCAUCCAUCAUCCAUCCAUCCACCCAACCAACCAACCAUCCAUCCAUCCACCCAACCAUCCACCCAACCAUCUAUCCAUCUAGCAUCCAUCCACCCAACCAACCAACCAUCCAUCCUCCCAACCAUCCAUCCACCCAACCAUCCAUCAUCCAUCCACCUACCCAUCCACCCAACCAACCAACCAACCAACCAUCCAUCCACCCAACCAUCCAUCUAUCAUCCAUCCACCCAACCAACCAACCAACCAACCAACCAACCAACCAACCAUCCAUCCAUCCAUCCAUCCAUCCACCCAACCAUCCAUCCACCCACCCACGCAUCCACCCAUCCAUGCAUCCACCCACCCACCCAUCCAACCAACCACUCAUCCAUCCAUCCAUCCACCCACCCAUCCAUCAUCCAUCCCCAAAAUGGUGAUAAAUAAAUAAGUGUGCCUGUUUUUAAUCAUUGUUGUCAUGCUAGCAUAAGCGUAGUGAUGGGCUAACAGCUAAAAAGAGUUUAGACUAGUAUAUCUAUAUAUACAGAUUAUAUAUCUAUAGAUAUAUAUAUAGACUAAUAUCCAUCAUGAACAGUCUGGCCAGUCUUUUAUUGUCAAUAGAAUUCCAUAAGAAAAUAAGACAAAUGCUAAUCAUCAUUUCCAUAACAACUUCAAUGUGCG